AUGGCUCCAGGAAUGGCUGUAAAAGGCUCUGAAUCGGGUACUGCGCGUGUGAUAGGCUCUGGGCUGUCUGGCGUUGCAGAGCUCGUCAUCUUUCAUCCAGUAGAUACGAUUGCAAAGAGAUUAAUGUCAAACAAGUCGGCAUUCACGCUCGCCAACGCCAACGCUAUCAUUUUUCGCGACCACGCCAACGCCUCUGUCGGGCGCAAGUUUCUGUCCUUAUUCCCUGGUCUCGGAUAUGCCGCUGGAUACAAGGUCUCACAGCGGAUAUACAAGUUUGGUGGGCAGCCCUAUUUCAACGACUUGAUUCGGGGCACACCUGCACUGCGAAACGCGUUUGUGAAUACGUUUGGAGAGAGGAAUGGCAAGAAUAUGAUGCAUGCUACUGCUGGUAGUUUGACUGGAAUCGGAGAGGUCGUCUUGUUGCCCCUCGACGCGCUCAAGAUCAAGCGACAGGUCAACCCAGAGGCGUUCAAGGGCCGUGGUGUGCUUCAGAUCUUCCUUCAAGAGGGAUCAACGCUGUAUAGAGGAUGGGGUUGGACUGUCGCGCGGAAUGCACCCGGUUCAUUUGCAUUGUUCGGAGGGUCAGCGUUUACAAAAGACUAUGUUCUAGGUAUCAAGGACUAUUCUAAAGCUACAUGGUGGCAAAACUUUAUCGCAUCCACCGCGGGUGCGGUCGCUUCGAUAACGGUUGCGGCUCCCCUCGACACGAUCAAGACUCGCAUUCAAAACGCCAACUUUGAGACAAAGGUGCAUGGCGCGGUUGUUUUCCGGGACCUCAUCAAGAAUGAGGGGCCCACGGCCUUGUUCAAGGGUCUGACACCAAAGGCAAGGAUAUCUUCGUUAGAUAAAAGCGCAUACUCAUCUUUUCAUCAGAUUAUGGUUGUCGGACCAAAGCUGAUAUUCAGCUUUACUCUUGCCCAGACCUUAAUUCCCCUCGUCGGGAAGUACGUCUGA